GCCGCCGCUGCCGGGUCGCGAUGGAGCCCUGGAAGCAGUGCGGGCAAUGGCUCAUCAGCUGCAAGGUGCUGCCGCCCAACCACCGCGUCACCUGGGACACGGCGCAGGUGUUCGAUCUGGCGCAGACGCUGCGCGACGGCGUGUUGCUCUGUCAGCUCCUCAACAACCUGCGCAGCCACUCCAUCAACCUGAAGGAGAUCAACCUGCGCCCGCAGAUGUCCCAGUUUCUUUGCUUGAAGAAUAUAAGAACUUUUCUUUCGGCAUGCUGUGAAAUAUUUGGGAUGAAGAAAAGUGAACUUUUUGAAGCAUUUGAUUUGUUUGAUGUGAGAGAUUUUGGAAAGGUCAUAGAAACGCUCUCAAAACUUUCCCGUACUCCUAUAGCAAUUGGCACAGGAAUAAGGCCCUUCCCUACUGAAGAAAGCGUUGAUGAUGAAGACAUCUACAAAGGUCUUCCUGAUCUAAUAGAUGAAACUGGAGAAGAUGAGGACUUAUAUGAUUGUGUUUAUGGAGAAGAUGAAGGUGGGGAGGUCUAUGAAGACCUCAUGAAGGAUGAAGCAGCACAGCAACCUAAACAYGCUGAAAAUGACAUAAGAAGCUGUUGUCUCGCUGAAAUAAAGCAAACUGAAGAGAAGUAUACUGAAACAUUGGAAUCAAUAGAAAAAUUUUUCAUGGUGCCGUUGAAAAGGUUUUUGUCAGCAUCAGAGUUUGAUACUGUUUUCAUCAACAUUCCUGAUUUGGUGAAAAUUCACCGAAGUUUAACACAGGAUAUCARUGACUCCAUUGUUAACAAAAAUGAUCAGAACCUGUAUCAGAUUUUUAUUAACUACAAGGAAAGAUUGGUUAUUUAUGGACAGUACUGCAGUCAAGUGGAGAUAGCAAUAUCAUGCUUAGACAACAUCUCUAAGACAAAAGAAGAUGUUAAGUUGAAGUUAGAGGAAUGUUCCAAGAGGGCCAAUAAUGGGAAGUUUACAUUGCGGGAUCUCUUAGUGGUUCCAAUGCAGAGAGUACUAAAAUAUCACCUGCUGCUCCAGGAACUGGUAAAACAUACUACUGAUCCUAUGGAGAAGACAAAUCUAAAGCUGGCUCUUGAUGCGAUGAAGGACUUGGCUCAAUAUGUAAAUGAAGUAAAGAGAGAUAAUGAAACACUCCGUGAAAUUAGACAAUUUCAGCUAUCAAUAGAAAAUUUGAACCAUUCCCUGUUACAGUAUGGGAGGCCACAAGGUGAUGGGGAAAUAAGGAUAACUACAUUAGACAAACGUGCAAGGCAAGACAGGCAUAUCUUCUUGUUUGAUCUAGCUGUAAUUGUUUGUAAACGGAGAGGUGAUAAUUAUGAAAUGAAGGAAAUAAUAGAUCUUCAAAAAUACAAAAUUACAAAUAACCCCACUACUGAUAAAGAAAAUAAAAAGUGGUCUUAUGGCUUCUACCUCAUUCAUAUCCAAGGUCAAAAUGGAUUAGAAGUUUAUUGUAAAACUAAGGACUUGAAGAAAAAGUGGCUAGAACAAUUUCAGAUGGCCCUGUCAAACAUAAGGCCGGACUAUGCAGAUACAAGUUUUCAUGAGUUCAAAAUGCAUACCUUCAGUCGUGUGACAUCCUGCAAAGUCUGCCAAAUGCUUCUGAGGGGAACGUUUUAUCAAGGCUAUUUAUGUUCUAAGUGUGGAGCUGGAGCACACAAAGAAUGUUUAGGAAGAUUAGACAAUUGUGGCAGAGCUAAUUCAGGUGAACACGGGAACCUGAAACACGAGAAACGAACAAAUGGAAUUAGAAGAAACUCCAGACACGUGGACCCAGGUUUACCAAAAAUGCAAGUCAUUCGCAACUACGAUGGGAUGCCACAGCCGGCUUCGCAGGACGGUCCGCCUUUGCACAUCCACAUUGGGGACACUAUUGAACUCAUCCAUGGAGAUGCACAUAGCUUAUUUUGGCAGGGCAGAAAUCUAACAACAGGAGAGCUUGGCUUCUUCCCAAGUGAUGCUGUAAAACCUAGCCCAUGUGUGCCUAAACCAGUAGACUACUCUUCCCAACUCUGGUUUGCAGGAGCAAUGGAAAGAUUGCAAGCAGAAAGUGAACUUAUUAACCGAAUAAAUAGCACUUACCUGGUGCGGCACAGGACCAAAGAGUCGGGAGAAUAUGCAAUUAGCAUUAAGUACAAUAACGAAGUGAAACACAUCAAGAUUUUAACAAGAGAUGGCUAUUUUCACAUUGCAGAAAAUAGAAAAUUUAAAAAUUUAAUGGAACUCAUAGAAUAUUACAAGCACCACUCUCUCAAAGAAGGCUUUCGAAGUCUGGAUACUACUCUUCAAUUUCCGUUCAAAGAAUCUGAAAACUCAGUGGGACAAAGGAGUAACAGAACAGGUGGCAACUUGCUAAGCCCGAAGGUAAUAGGCAUUGCCAUAGCCAGGUACGACUUCUGUGCAAGAGACAUGAGGGAACUGUCCUUAUUGAAAGGGGACGUCGUCAAAAUUUAUACGAAGAUGAGCGCGAACGGCUGGUGGAGAGGCGAAGUAAAUGGAAGGGUGGGCUGGUUUCCAUCAACUUAUGUUGAAGAGGAUGAAUGAGUUAAAAACUUUCCUCUACUGACCAUCAAUUUCAGGGAUUGUAGAAUUUAAUAUCUGCAAAGUAUUAUUGGUCUUGUUAAGUAUUUAAACGGCAGCAUUUUUGUCUGUUUGAAUCUUCUAGUCUUAACGUUGGGAUUUCUACCGAAGUUUGUGCUCACAGGUUAUUGCCUUGCCCAGAGCCGUGCAAGAAACAACCUGCCAGUUCGUCAUCGCUGGGGAUCGGUACAAAGCCCAGCCCUCGCCUUCCCAGAAGAUCUCUGGAAAACAAAAUUUCUUUGUGCCCCUUUUCAUUUCACCUUGUUAGUACACGGCAAAUACUAGCUAUGGCUGAAUGUUGAAUAAACCUCUUUCUUGCAGCUAACACCUGCGAUGCUGCAAGGAGAUGAAGGCUUAUUGCUGCUUAUCACUGUAUGCAGAAAACAGUGCAGUCGUUCCAGUGUGCGUAACGUGUCGUCAGUAGCCUUGUCUUGAAACAUCAAGCUCCCUUACUUAUCACCUUACAAACACUUUGGCGCUCACAAAAGCAUUCUGAAGGAAAUGUAAAUGUAGUAAAUAAGAGUAGCAUUCAUGCAUAUGUAAGUAGUUAACUAACUUCUUUGAGGUCCUGCCUAAAUUUUGUAAGAAUUUGUUUAAAGACAGCAUUUUAAAAAGGUGUAGUGAUGUGGUAGUGCUUGAAGGAGCAUCUGCAGUGUGCAAUCGUGGGGUUCUUUGUCAUCCUGAAGCUUUUGUGUGUGUCUGUUGGGUUUUGUUUGUUUGUUUUUCCAUAUGGGCAGCUGACCAUGAAAGUGCAACUGAGGAUAUUCAUGAGAAGAUGCGUUUUUAAAAGCUGCAGCACCAACAUUAAGUAAAUAUUGUAGCCCUGUUCUGUAGCAGUGGGCACUAAUGCAUCUACAGAGGGGCUGUGCAUGUUGGUGUGACUGAACUUUGCAAUAAGAGUUUAGUUAACAGCUGCGUUCAGUUUUGACAAGAGAAGAGAAAAGUUUUGUUUGUUCUUGUGCAAGUAUUAGAUCUGUGGGGUCUAAAGAAGUAAACAAUAAAAGGCAGUCUCAGAAAAAGUAGGACUUCUCUUUUUUAGUUACAGACAAUACUAUAGGUAAGAUGGUGGGUGUCACUGCUCAAGUGUAAACCUGAAUGUCRUAUUUUAUGUCCUUGGUUGAUUUGGGUGAACUUUUGGAUGUUUUCAAUUCUCAGCUGUCUUGUCUUAGUUAGACGGGAGUUUUUAUCACUUUUUGUGCRCUUAUAAGAUAACACAAAGGCAACUGGCCGUGUUUUGUCCUGAAUUUUCCACUCUCCUUCCACGUCAGUGGAAAUGCAAUGAGUGAAUGCUCUUAUUGCAGGGCAAGGACCCUGCAAUCUCAGCAGUCCAAAUCCCCAGUUUAAAAUGUGUGUCCAGAUUAGCUGGCUUGAAAUCAGCAGGGCUCAUCAAGUGGUUUCCCUGCUUUGGUGARCCAGAGUGCUCAUACAAGCCUAGUGUCAAAACUACUGUGGUUAUUCGCUAAAAGAACCAUCUGUAGGUGAUGACUGCAGAUGUGCAGGUUCUGAUAUUUAGGUUUUUUUUCUAACCCAGCUUAAACUGCUUAAACAUGUGAGAAACUAAAAAGCUCCUAGUUGCAUUUUCUCUCCAGGCUAAUGUUUUAUUCCUUGAUCAUGACCAACCAGGAAAGCAGAUUGAUCCUAUCCCAUGUGGUCUCUUGCUGUUCCCCAUCUCACUUGCGCAUGGCAUCUUGCUGCUUGUGUGUGCGAGUUAGUGCUGCUGUUUCCACACCCACUUCACCUUGCAGAUGAAGCCCUGCUGCUGCUCUAGUGGUUCCAGGGUUUACCUCAAAAUGAUGUAAAUUCUGCUUGUGUUGAGCAUGUUACUUGAUAGAACAGUUCAGAGCAUUUGUAAAUAUGUAGAUUAUGCAUAAAACACUUUUUGUAAAGGGUUUGUACAGCAGUGUGGCCUGGGGGRUGCUGUC